AAUCCACGGCAGAUGGAGCCAUAGUUAGUGUUCAAGUUCAGAACCGGCUAAUGAUAUUUGGUAUUGAGAGAGGUAAAUGGCGUCAGGCACAGGACGCGUUUGCGGUGUGCAUUAGUAUUACCGUUGUAUUACAUUCCAAUUGGCAACCGGCAAUUGGAGACGAGAGGGGAUACGAUUCCAAUUUAGUAAGACAACUUUGUAAGUGGAGGAAAGAGUUUGUAGUGAUAGAUAGACGUAGAUAGAAGAUAGAAGUUAAAGGAAGAUGCUUCUGUAAAUGAGCGAUGGACGAAUAAGGCGCCGAGCAGGUUGGACGUGUCAGGAUAACUCGUGAAGAUGCUGUGAAUCACGGAUGGUACACGUAAUUUGAUCGUCACGCGAGAUACUCAAAUGUAACGAGGACCAUGUUUCUCUGGAGAUUAUUGUUAGUCUCUAUCGGGAUUGGAAUAUCCUGUUGUAAUAUUGGUAUCGCCAAUGCCAGUACCGACGUUCUUGAGGAUUCUGUCAAAAUUGGAAAAUGCUGUGAAGUUAACGAAGUCCUGGUGAAUAAUACAUGUACUCCGAUCAAUGAGACCAAUGAGACUGUACCUUGGAGGCCAGAAUUUAAGACUGACAAGAAGACGAAUUGGAGUCCAAAGUUUCAAUUGAAAAUUGGGUUGCCAAGGUGUGGAAAUAAUGAACAUUUGUGGCAUGUGUAUCAUACUGCGAAACAUGAUAAAUUAGCUAUACUACCUUCUGGGAAACUAAGACAUUAUAUCAUUGACUUGAGUGAUAGGAGAAUUGAUGAUAACGGAAACAGCUAUGACAGCAAUGAGGGUGACUCUCAGGAUUCUGAAGAUAUGCACUAUGAUUAUGCUUUUGGAGAUUACUGUGCAGACAAAGUUAUCCUUAGUACAGAUCAUUUAGUUGCAACCUAUGCAAUGGUAUGUGUACCUAAGGUUGUUCGAUGGACAGACACAGCUUAUCUUAUAACACAUGCAGUUAAUCCAACAUUUCAUGCCGUUGCCAUAGUCAGCUACCUCCUUGUUGCUAUCGUGUACUUUGUAUUACCUCAGCUACGCGAUCUUGUUGGAAAUAUGAUAACAAGCAUGACUCUGUGCCUUAUAACGAGCCAGUGUGCCUCCAUGGUUAGAAUAUUCACAGAGUAUGGUAAUCAUGUUAGCUUCUUAAUUGCAGAUAUAGUGACGUACGUCUCUCUACUUGCAGCUUUCUUCUGGCUCAAUGCACUAGGAUAUUAUGUCUGGAACACUUUCCGGUCACGAAAUGUAUUCCUUCGCGUUACGGACGGUCAAAAGUACUGUUACUAUUCGAGUUAUGUGUGGGGUUCAACAUUUGCCAUAGCGGUGACUGCAAUAUUUGCACAUUUUACACUGGAAACGGAUAUACCCACAGUGACCGAAUCAUCAUUCAUAUCUCAAGAGACCAUCGGAUGGCUUGGUACAGCUGUAUUGUUUACAUCCAUUGCCUUUACAAUAAUAGUCGAUCUAUGUUUCGCUUUAACAACCGCAAACACUAUGAAAAGAAUGAGCGUUUAUGGCAGAAUUCAUCAUAAGAUGAAAUACAGUUUCAAGAUGUUCGUAUUUCUAUUUGCUAUUAUGAGCACUGGAUGGCUCUUCUUGUUGCUCUCAAGAUUGAAGUAUGAUGGUCUCGUUUACUGCUAUGUGGUUGUGAAUGUACUUGAAGCGUUACUCAUUCUUUACGUUUGCGUAUUCGGACAAAGGAGAGUAACCUUUCUCCUGGGAAAAACGUGCGACUGCUGCAACCCUGGUGAGAGUCCGGAGGGUCUCGACUGGGGCGAAGAAAUGACAGCCAUGAAUGCUGGUUACUGAUUUGAUUUGAUACAGUAUUUAAUGUACUUACUUUAAAACGACACAUUGUUGUCGAACAUAAGGAUCAAUUCUCCCAAUUGAUUUAAUCAUUGAGAAUCUUCAAGAUUGAGCAAUCUCACUGAUCGCACAAAAUAUUUAUUUGACAGUAACGUACUGCCGAUUUAAAUAUUACUGCCUAUAAGGAUUUCAAUAUGGCAACUUAUUGUUAAUUUACAUUACCAAGUACUUGUCGCUACUUCGCAUAUACUCUCGACAAGACAUUCCUGAUUGCGCAUUGGCAGUAUUGUGCCGGUAUUUGUGCCUUGGAAAUAUUUAUCGUUCUAUUUUUUCUAAUGAUACUUGUGCACGAUGCAUAUGUAUUUACAGGGUAUAUAACGUAAUGGCGAAAAAUUCUAUUGUGGGCACUCUAAUGUAUUUAUUUUUUGAGCAUUACGUCAUGCGCUAUUAAAAUGGUCAAAUAUUGUAUUCGCGCCUACUACGAAAGGAAUUUUUAAUACACGUUCUUAUUGACGUAGAUUUUAAUAUUUAUAUACUUGUUCGGGACACAAUAAUUCUUCGACAACGUUCCGACUCAUUUUAAUAAAGAUUUUUUUUUCAUUUUUA